CGAGAAUUGGGCUAAGCGGACUCCUUUGAUUUCCUGCCCCCUUUCCCUUCCCGUGUCGGUUCGAAGUUAGCCGGGCCGACUCCGUCAUGGCGUCACCGCGUCUGGAGACGUUCUGCUGCGCAAAUCGGGACGCGGCCACCGAGCUGGUGGUCACCUUCCAGCCGCUCUUGUUCGGAGUUGUGACAGCGGCCAGCGCGGUCGUGAGCGUGCUUUUCACCGUGCUGCAGAUUCUGCCCAAGAGAAAAGGCUACAGGAGGCUCGGCCAGUAUCCGCUGCCCAGACCCGCGUCUUCAUCACGGAUACUCUUCAUCAUCAGCGUGUGUGACAUUUUGGGAUGCACAGGCAUCAUUUUGAGGUCCUCUCUUUGGGUGGGCCUGCCCAACACGGUGGAACAGAUCUCCGAGGCCAACAGUACAGAAACUUGGCCGGACGUCUUCUGUAUCGGCAGCGCAAUGUGGGUCCAGUUGUUCUACAGCGCUUCAUUCUGGUGGACCUUUUGUUACGCCAUCGACGUCUUCCUGGUGGUCAAGACAUCUGCAGGAAUCAGCACCAUUAUCCUGUACCACAUGAUCACAUGGGGUCUGGCUUUGCUGCUUUGUAUCGAGGGUGUAGCCAUGCUCUACUAUCCUUCCAUUUCAAACUGUGAACAAGGCUUCCAGCACGCCAUCCCUCACUAUGUCACCACGUAUGCGCCCAUGCUCUUAGUCCUAGUGGCCAACCCCAUCUUCUUCCACCGGACCACAUCUGCAGUGACAUCGUUGCUAAAAGGACGUCAAGGGAUCUACACAGAAAAUGAGCGGCGGCUAGCCAGCGCCAUAAAGAUACGCUUCUUUAAAAUUAUGCUGGUGUUCUUUAUUUGCUGGAGUCCCAACAUCAUCAACGAGAGCCUUCUCUUCUACCUGGAGAUGCAGGGGAACAUCGACGACAGCAGCCUCAGGAAUACCAGAAAUGCUGCCUUGAUCACAUGGUUCAUCAUGGGAAUCUUGAACCCCAUGCAGGCCUUCCUCAACACAUUGGCCUUUCACGGCUGGACGGGCUUCGACGUGGACCUGAGCCCGCAGGGGAGGAGAGAGCUGGCCUGGGAGUCAGCCUCCACGUCAGUGGCCAAUGCGGGGGGACACAACUCCAUGGUGGGCACGGCCCUGCUCUACCAGAGCCACGUGCAGGAGGCCAAGAAAAACAUGAACGGCAACGGGCAGCCGCAGUCCGACGCCAUCAGCGUCCUCUCAGAAGGUUCAGAAUCUAGCACAGUUGAAAUCCACAUAUCCAGCGAGCUACCAGACUAUGCCGAUAUAGAUGCUGAUGAGGAAUCCUUGGGGACGUCAGGGAAGCACUAGCCAACGUCACAUCGCACUUAACUACAGCUGGUAAAAAGAAAGAAAAGAAAAAAAAAAA